CAUGCAUUCAGCUGCUCCAGCUGUCGAUCUCCCCACUCACUCUCUCAGGGCCAUAGAGGCAGGAGCAGGACAGACAGAAGGACCACUUCAGCUCUUCAUGCUCACAACACACCAGGGACUACCACCACCAGCAGACUAGAACAGCACAUUGAGCACAGAGCAACAGGGACACAAACUAGGGACCUGAAGAUAGCAAGAAGAAGAAGAUUUCACACAGGAAAGAAGACUUGUCUAUACCACUGAACUGCUCUGAGCACCACAACAGGUCGGAAGCUUCUUUCAUCCUGACCUGAGGCGCCGUUACCUGUGUGACCCGCCGGCUGUGCCAGUGUGUGUUAACACGUGUGGUCCUGUUCUAUCUGCCAGUCAGUACGUGAGCAUGCGGGGCGUGUGUGUGUCCAUCCUGUGUGUGUCUGUGAUCCUCCGCAGUGCUAUUUCACAGCCACCUACAGAAAGUGACACCUACACGGAAUGCACAGAUGGGUAUCAAUGGGACUCCCAGACUCAGCACUGCAAAGACAUAAACGAGUGUGAGACCAUUCCGGAGGCCUGUAAGGGUGAGAUGAAGUGCUUCAACCACUACGGGGGCUACCUGUGCCUCCCCCGCUCUGCCUCAGUCAUCCCAGCCCAGGACCCCCCCAGCCAGCCUGGGACCAACCUGGAGAGCACUGCCAGAGAGCCCUUCAACCCCUGUCCUCUGGGCUACGAACCCCAGGGAGACAGCUGUGUGGAUGUGAAUGAGUGUGAGAGAGAUGAACACGACUGCCAGCCCAGCCAGCAGUGCAUCAACACACCUGGAGCCUUUACCUGCCAGUGUCCUGAUGGUUACCGCAAGGUUGGCACCGAGUGCAUUGAUAUUGAUGAGUGCAGAUACAGGUACUGUCAGCAUCGCUGUGUCAACGUCCCCGGCUCCUUCUCCUGUCAGUGUGAACCAGGCUUCCAGCUGGCCGGCAACAACCGCUCCUGUAUUGAUGUGAAUGAGUGUGACAUGGGCGCCCCCUGUCAGCAGAGGUGUUAUAACACCUACGGUACCUUCCUCUGUCGCUGUGACCAGGGCUACGAGUUGGGGCCUGACGGCUUCGCCUGCAAUGACGUAGACGAGUGCAGCUACUCCAGUUACCUGUGCCAGUUCCAGUGUGUCAAUGAACCCGGGAAGUUCUCCUGUCAGUGCCCAGAAGGCUACCAGCUGCUGGGCACCCGACUAUGUCAGGAUAUAAAUGAGUGUGAGACCGGAGAGCACCAGUGUACUACAGGACAGACCUGUGUGAAUAUCCACGGUGCCUAUCAGUGUGUGGACACCAACCUCUGUCAGGACCCUUACAUCCAAAUAACUGACAAUCGUUGUGUUUGUCCUGUGACCAAGCCAGCCUGUCGAGACCUACCCUUCUCUAUCGUCCACCGCUACAUGAGCAUCACGUCGGAACGCUCCGUCCCCUCAGACAUCUUUCAGAUCCAGGCCACCAGCGUCUACCCUGGAGCCUACAACACCUUCCGUAUCCGCUCUGGAGACGACAACGGAGACUUCUAUAUCAGACAAAUCAACAACAUCAGCGCCAUGUUGGUUUUAGCCCGGGCCGUGACAGGACCCCUGGAGUACACAUUGGACCUGGAGAUGGUGUCAGUCAAUCCCCUCCUGAGCUACCAGACCAGUUCGGCCCUGCGACUGUCCAUCUACGUAGGGCCUCAUGCCUUCUAGGGGAAGGGGAGAGAGACAGAAAGAGGGGGUGGGGGGGGGGGGGAAGACACAGUAUAGACACAAGAGAGGAAAAACAGGAAACACAGAACAAUCUAGAAUUGAAAGGGGUCAGAAACAGAACAGUCAGAUAAUGUAACAUGAUGUCCAAGGUAACUCUGUCAAAUCCCAAUCAUUUGGGAAAGCUAAGAUAGAGUGAGAUAAAAACACAUUCAUAAGAAAGGAAUACUGCAUCAAUAACGUAUAACUGAUAAAUAUGAAUACUACGAAGUAGUAUUGAUAUACUGUACAUGUUUGCUCCCUGCCUCCUAGAGUAUCAUUCUCAACCGCUCCACGUUGCCCAUUACCCUAGUCACCUUUGGUACCAACCAAACACCCUCCAAUUGAAGAUCUAGAGAGAACCAAAAAAACGUAUUACGUUAUCAUUGUAUCAUAAUCAUUCUCAUCCCGACUCUGUCGUUCCCUUGCUUUGAACAGACUCAUUAUCACUCCUAUGUUUUCGUGCUAUUCCCAUUCCUUUAUGACAGUUUCCCUUAUCAUCCAUGGACACGACUCAAUAACCACUCAGAUCAAACCUCUUCAUCCGCCCUGUCGCUCCCGCAUCCAUCCCGCUCCUGAAUCAUACCUAGUCCUGGUGCUGAAGCUCUGACUCACUCACACACCGUUUGUAGCUUUGUAACAUUACAGAAAGCUGUAUCAGAAAGCUGAUACAAAAUAAAACGAUAUACAUUUAAAUCACGUGUUAACCAUAGCUUUUUGUGCAUAUUAUUUCACCAUGUCACCCUUCUUAAUAUAGUCCCAUUUCUCUCCUACUUCUUCAACUCCUGUUUCUCCUUUUCCUUCAACCAGUAUGUCCUAAUUUCCCCCACAGCGUGCUAUGGUCGUAGCCAGUUGACCUUUCUGAAUGUAUCCCCCCAGGUCCACUGUGCUCCAGUGCCAGUGGCACUCUGUCUUUCCACAGCUGCAGAACAUGCCUGGGCUUCUUGUGUGACAACCACUGGAAAAGAUCUCUUGAACAAUGAGAGAAGGCAGAAGGUCUCGCUAGAGAAAUCAGCUGGAUUAUACGGGUCAAUAUUCACUUAAGACUCAUUAGCCUUAAUAUGUGGGGCAUAACAAGGUGACCUGCUCUGCAGUGGCAUACUGAUGGAACAGCCACAGCCUCUCCCCUGGGUGACUAAAGCCAUAUUGCUUGGGUAGUGAUUCUUCUCCAGUCCACAAAAAAAAACAGGGGAAAGCCCUAAUGCACCGUCCAUCGCCUCCGCUGCUGCUCACUCUGCCCAGCCAGCCUCCACCUUGACACACACACACACACACACACACACACACACACACACACACACACACACACACACACACACACACACACACACACACACACACACACACACACACACACACACACACACACACUCCCCUCCCCUCCCCUCCCCUCUAUCCUCAGCUCAAUGGUGAUGACUCAUACGCCACACAGUCUUACGUAAUCAGGCCCAGAGUGAAGUCUGUAGCCAGUACAGCCACAAGGAGCCGAGGGUGUAGUCUGUAGCUAGUACAGAGACAAGGAGCCGAGGGUGUAGUCUGUAGCUAGUACAGACACAAGGAGCCGAGGGUGUAGUCUGUAGCUAGUACAGACACAAGGAGCCGAGAGUGAAGUCUGUAGCCAGUACAGACACAAGGAGCAGAGGGUGAAGUCUGUAGCCAGUACAGACACAAGGAGCCGAGGGUGUAGUCUGUAGCCAGUACAGACACAAGGAGCAGAGGGUGAAGUCUGUAGCCAGUACAGACACAAGGAGCCGAGGGUGUAGUCUGUAGCCAGUACAGACACAAGGAGCCGAGGGUGAAGUCUGUAGCCAGUACAGACACAAGGAGCCGAGGGUGUAGUCUGUAGCCAGUACAGACACAAGGAGCCGAGGGUGUAGUCUGUAGCCAGUACAGCCACAAGGGGGCAGUGUGACACACAGCUCUCUCUCCCAGGCUGAGACCGGAAUAGUAACAACCCGAGGUGAUGGAAUCUGCUGGUUUUGUAACCUGACUACUGAACCUGCCUUCCCUCUCCCUAUCAGUGAACUCCUAGGCU